AAUGGACUCCAUUGACCUUGCACCGUGACUAGACUCGGACAGGGAUACGCGUUCAUUUGCAGGGAAACUACAGACUGCACUUCCAUCGAAAGAAUCCACCAGGAGGAAAAAAACAGAGCACGACACAAAAAACUUCAAUUCUUCGCGCCAUUCUCGCAAAGUGCGCGCAUGUGCAAACUUCAAAGGAGUGUCAUACGAAUGGCAACAACAUGAACAUGGAGGGCCAGGAAGAAGUGCAGCUCUCUCAAGGUCCCCAAGAGGGGGAUUCUCGAGGUGGAUCGCAGCAGUAUUCUAUGCCAGGUGUUGUUCAGUUUAUCCAACAUGAGUGGUCAAUGUUUGAGCGCGAGAGAGCUCGCUGGGAAGUGGAGCGAGCGGAGUUGCAGGCUCGAGUGGCGUUCCUGCAAGGCGAGAGAAAAGGGCAGGAAAACUUGAAGCAUGACCUGAUGAGACGCAUCAAAAUGCUGGAGUAUGCUCUGCAUCAAGAAAGACAACGCUAUCACAAACUGAAGUAUGGAAAAGAUCCGCCAUAUGCACAUCCAGAGAAGCCAACCGAUUCCGAAGAAGGUCCACCUGGGCCAUCUGUAAACCAUGCUGGAGCAAAUGUGGAACUGCGACCAGGUCGACAACUACUCUUGCAGUAUCUACAUGAAGUCGGAUGUACUGACAAUAUGCUGGAGAUUCGUCGUGCCAGGCAAUUUCUGUAUCCAACAGGUGUGGAUCCUCAAGCAACACCAGGUUCACCCUUCUCGUCUCAUGUUAGCCGAACGUCUACAUCUUCACCUCCACCAGGAGUUGAGCACACACGACCGUGUUCCCCUCUGACUUCAUACAGUCCGUUCCGCCAACCUGAACCGAAUGGUCCAGAGUUUCCUAUGCAUGAUCAGAACGAGGCUACGCCAGAGAUCAAUGGUUCAACUGCUGGGAGUGGACAAGUGGAGAGUGAUAUUGUUGAAGACUCGUUCAAGUUUUUGGACAAUGGUGAUGACGAAGAUGAUGAUGAGGAGGAGGACAAUGAUCCCAUUCUUGGUGAUGUUACUGUUGAAGCUGAACUGGAGGAGACUAGUACUGAGGAUGUCAUGGCAGAGUUUGAGUUUCUGAAUGACAUGGGCGGCGAGGAAAGCGCUAGUGAUGCAACUAAUGGAAUUGAGGUCCCUGCCACUGGUGUUCGUAGUCAUGGUGUGCCAACACCAGCUCUACCAUCCACUGGGUCACCAUCACGGCAUGCAGAAGAUGCUUCCUUGGACUUGCCUAAGAAAUGGCACCGGCCUGGUCGCAAGGCUCUGAAGACAAUGAUGCAUAACAUGCCGGCCGAAGACGAGCCUAGUCCCACUGGUGCAGGUCCAGGCUCGCUAGGUUCGCUGCUUGCUGGGCAAGAAACGACACCAGCACCAGCUGCACCGCAUUCAAGUACAGGAGAAAACUUGGAGAUGCUGGGCCUGGGUGAGCUGGCUGGAUUAUCAGUCCCUGGCGAGUCAGAGCCUGCAGUAGAGGGUACGAAUUUAGUCGCGCGUCGGAAGAUGUGGAACCUAAAGCAUUCACUUAGGAGUCACUUUGACUGUGUCCGAUCUAUGGCGUUUCAUCCAACAAAACCUUGCAUUGUAACGGCUUCAGAAGAUCGAACCUUGAAGCUUUGGAAUUUGGAUAAGGCAACUCAGCCCAAGAAAAGCGCUCUACCAGAGGUUGAGCCUGUUUACACCUUUCGGGGUCAUCGUGGUGCGGCCCUUUGUGUUCAGUGUACAAACGACGGCCAGUACUGCGUGAGUGGUGGAGGUGAUGGGCAAAUCUACCGGUGGUCCCUGCAUUCGUUAUCCGGCGAUCUUUACGAUCCUUUUGAUACCAGUUCAGAAGAUCGGAUAUCGUUAGCAGGUCACACAGAUGCUGUGUGGGACCUGGCCGUACACAAUAGCCACACAUUGCUUGCCAGUGCAUCGAGUGAUGGUACUUGCAGAAUCUGGAAUUGGAUGUCAGGAAACCUGAUGAGAACACUGACACCUCCUACAAGCAACGUUGGUACACCCACCUGUGUGGAUUUUGUAGCCAAUGAACCCGGCCAGAUUGUAGUGGGCUACACAUCGUCACAACCUGUCAUAUAUGAUUAUGAGACGGGGAAGUCUGUCUGCCUCUUCCAGUCAGAUUCAUCAUCGACCAGUAGUAAUACUCGGAUAAACUGCAUUGCUUGCCAUCCUACGCUUGAUAUGACGAUAGCUGGCACAGAGGAUCGGCGGAUUCAGUUCUUCGAUAAUCGCUCUGGGCAAGUGACACACAGCAUGGUGGCACAUCUAGAAUCUGUGACCAGCUUAGCUAUCGACCGUGCCGGACUCUACCUUUUAACUGGUAGUCACGACUGCUCUUUACGUCUGUGGAAUCUAGAAGGUCGCACAUGUGUGCAGGAGAUGACAUCGCACCGCAAGAAAUGUGAUGAAUCUGUUCUCGGCGUGGCAUUCCACCCUUCAUUAGGAUAUUUAGGUAGUUGUGGGGCAGACUCCGUUGCCAAAGUGUAUGUAUGAAUGGAAAGGACGGGAUAGUGCUAUUGGUGCCAUACUCUCGUCAUAUUUUUCGUACCUGUUUGAAGUAAUUAUUGUACAUUCUGUUUAAAACUUGCUGAUUGCUGUGUAUUCGUGCUGUCUGCUUUCUUAUAUUCAAGUAUAUAUUUUACAAGCCAUUUUUUCAAUCUCACAUGUCUGCUUUUCAGGCUUAUUCACAGCAAUUGUAUUAGCUGCUCUCUAGUUACCAACAUUUGUGUUGUUGCUGCUUUUUUAAACAUUGCUGUAUCAUGUGAAGCAUCGUGUGGGGUGUUCAUUGUUGCGAGCUGCUAGUGCAGAGUUGCUUGUUGCGAGCUGUUUUCAUCCUAUCUAGGAUCUCUCCUUCUCUUAUUUUGGCUGUAGUUUUCGUGUGGUUUCUGUGCCUGUCUUCUUCGUCUUUUGUGCUAAUCGUUCUUGUGUGAUGUGAAAUUGUCAGCAGUUGAUUGUACGGUGUAACGAUGAUAUUUGAUUCUGUAUGGCGUCCCCAGGACGAGUGUCUUGGCUUGUUUGUUGUUGGAAUAUCCCCCAUCUUAUCGGCCAUGGUGAAGCUUUUCCUGUCACCCCUGACUUCCUCUGUCCUUCAUCUUUAGCACUGUACAUUUUGUAUUAUAUUUAUCUGUUCAUUUUAUGCUUUUGGUUUUAGCACAUUGAAUUAUCUAAUCUUGCUGGUCGACCCUCAAUCGGUUUUAUUUGUCGUUGUUGUUUUGACUAUUGGAUUGUCAUGUUGUAGUUUGCCAGUUUCGGUUUUCUGCAUACUUCACAUCAAGUAAUGUUGGUGAAUUUUAAACCUGGUGUCUGAAGCUUGUUUUAAUAGCUACAGGACUGCAUUUCA